AUGAGGUUUUGCAAAAAUGUCUGUGCUAAGCAAUGUGUUAUCCAGCUUCGUCUUGCAGCAUUUGGGUUGAUGUUGGCUGACAUCAUUGGCUUACUGUGGUUGAUUGGUCCAAAUACAUUAUUAGGGCCAAGAGAGCUUGCAGGUGCUGUGGAUCUUAUUAAUCACUUCAAGUUGUUGCCUCAUCACGAGUUCUUCUGCAAGAAGCCUCUUCCACUGUCAAUUUCAGAUACACGCUACCUUCACAAUGUUGUAGGAGACAGAGAGAUUAGGAAAGGGGAAGGGAUGCAGUUGGAUCAGCUUAUAUGUGAUACGUCGUCUUUAAAGGAGACAAAUUCACGCAUCCAACCAUUUGAGUUAGAUGCUCUUAACGAAGCUUUUCAACUACGUGAAGCAGCUCCAAUUGUUCUGCCUCCGUCCGAAAAAGGGAUCCCCACUGUAGCUGGAAAGUCUAAAAGUGAGUCGAAAGACAAGGAGAAGAAGCAUAAGAAGCACAAGGAUAAAGACAAGGAGAAGGACAAAGAGCAUAAGAAACACAAACACCGUCAUAAAGAUCGAAGUAAAGAUAAGGAUAAAGAGAAAAAGAAAGAUAAAACUGGCCAUCAUGAUUCUGGUGCUGACCAUUCAACGAAACAUCAUGAAAAGAGAAAGAAGCAUGAUGGCAAGGAGGAUCUUAAUGAUGUUAACAAACACAAGAGAAACAAGUUAAGAAUUUGGAUGGAUCCUUUUCUUAUUGUAAAAUAUCCAAGAAUAGCUUCUGGACCAACUAAAGAAUGCCAAGAGGGUGAAUGCACCUGUUGAAAGUAGAUUUUAGUG